GCACCGUGCCGAGGACAGGGACGACAUCGCUUGCCGUCGAUUCUUAUUACCGGCCGCGUGUGAGUCUGCACAACUACGACCAUGGUGCGGUUGGCAUCGCCGCGCGCGUCGAUAUGGGCGCUGCCAUCGAGCCUCCGUGUGUUGCUGCGAAUGCCGCUGCCGCUGGCGUGCUCACGCAGCUACGCCUCCGCUGGUGCGAACUCGCUCCACAUUGACGGCAAAACCUAUCCUACGGAUGAAUGGACGAAUGUGCCCUCUUCCAUCUUGGCCAACUAUGGCCGCAAGCUGCACUUGCAACCGAACCACCCCCUGGCAAUUACCAGAAAGCUGAUCGAAUCGCGAUUUCCCAAAUUCAAAAAUCACAACGACCUGACUCCGAUCGUCAGCGUUGCACAGAACUUCGACUCUCUCGGCUUCGCCGCCGACCACCCGGGACGCAGUAGGACCGACACUUACUACAUCAAUAAGGACACCGUCCUGCGAACUCACACUUCAGCCCACGAGGUUGACGUCUUCCGAGCCAACUUGAGCAAUGGUUAUACCAUCUCUGCGGAUGUCUAUCGUCGAGACGCCGUCGAUCGUAGUCACUACCCAGUUUUUCACCAGAUGGAAGGUGCACUGACAUGGGAUCGUAACGACUUCGCCGACAUUAAGGCGUUGACGGAUCACAUUAUACGGGACUUGGAUAACAUUCCAAAGCACGACUUGGCUGUCGAAGAUCCCAACCCAACUUUUCACCCUGAUCGGAAUCCACUCCAGACCAAGUACCACUCACCUGAGGAGGCAGAGGCAGUGGCCGCGCAUCUGAAACGAUCCCUCGAGAAUAUGGUCGUAGCCAUCUUCGCUGAAGCAGACAAAGCCCUCGCCGCGGCUGGCCAAGGUGCGGAAGCUGAGCAGGAGCCGUUGAAAGUAAGGUGGGUGGAAGCUUUCUUUCCACACACUUCACCGUCGUGGGAGCUCGAGGUCUGGUGGCGCGGCGAAUGGCUGGAGGUCUUAGGAUGCGGUGUCGUUGAUCAGCCUCUGCUCGUUCGAGCCGAGCAACCUUCACGGCUUGGCUGGGCGUUUGGCAUUGGCCUAGAGCGGAUCGCAAUGCUUCUGUUUGGCAUACCCGACAUUCGAUUGUUUUGGAGCAAGGACUCACGUUUCCUCACCCAAUUCGACGAGUCAAAGCCGACACAACGCUUCAAGCCUUUCAGCAAACAUCCAUCAGCCCCAAGGGAUGUCGCGUUCUGGCUGCCAAAUGCGGUUGCAGUCAUUGCGCAGACCCCAGCUUCCACCUCUUCCGCUCCGUCUCCGGCUGGAGGACAAAUGACAGAGCCCUCCACACCACCGGCAUCUGUACCAGCCUUCCACGAGAACGACCUGAUGGAGGUUGUGCGCAAUACGGCAGGGGACAGCGUCGAAGAUGUUGCCCUCAUUGAUAGCUUCAAGCACCCCAAGACAGGGCGACAGAGCUUGUGCUACCGCAUCACAUAUCGCAGCCUCGAGAAGACAUUGACAAACGAGGAAGCCAAUGCCUUCCAUGAUCACAUACGCCAGGAGUUGGUGAAGCGAUUCGGUGUAGAACUCAGGUAGUCGAUCAGCUCCAUCUUCUCUUGACAGCCGACGCUUGCGUUGCCAUUAUUUACGCAGCUGCGAGGGCUUCUCCCGUCGGAGCGGUUGUAACAUUGUACUAUAUUUCCUCACAGGGGCCGUCUACCAGCCGGCACGCUCCAGAUGUAAACAUAGCAUAUUUUGUAUCGGCACAUCGAAGAUCGCUGCGGCCAAUGGAGGUGCGGCGUGCAUUGGGGGACUCGAGGGGCCCCGAUUCCACCCGAC